GUGGCGCUGUCUACUUAUAGCCGUAUGUUUGUGGCAGCUGAGAGCGAUCGAGUGUUAUUACUGUGUACGGGGAAGAGUGUAACAGCGCUAACAGACUUAUGAAGCUAGCAAGUUGGAAUAUGUAAUCUCCGGGUCUUUUUGUUUUUGCUGUGUGGAAAUUUACUUCAUCAUUUUAUAGAAUGACAGUUCACAGGAAAAGUGACAAUGAGACGUAAAGUGCUAUUUUUAUGUUCAUUUAAUGAACUGGUGUUGACAAUCUCAGUUAUAGUGUACUGUGGAAAUAUAUGCUUUGCAUGUCCUAAAGGAUGUUUUUGUCCGUCCAUGAGUCAAAAUGUAUAUUGCACACGACAAAGCCUAUUGGCAAUACCAGACGGGAUACCUUAUGAUACAUUGGAAUUAACAUUGAACGAUAAUAGAUUCAAAAAUCCGGUUUUAACCAGGAGAAACUUUACCAAUCUUCCAAACUUAACUAAUUUAUAUUUAAGUGGAUGCGGAAUAGAAAGCAUCGCCAUUGACACAUUCGCCGGUUUAACUAAACUAAAAUGGUUGGAUAUCAGUAAAAAUGAACUUAAAUUCAUUGCCGAUUUUACAUUCCGUGGACUAAACCUGGAGAAUUUUUUCAUUAAUGAAAAUCCUGGUAUCCAAUUUUCACCAAAAGCAUUUGAUGGACUGACAACACGGGGACUAUAUAUGCAUGGAUGUUCACUGAUGAACCUUUCCCUAGACGUAUUACGUCCCCUGAACGGUUCCUUGCGUGCACUAUGGUUGUAUGACAAUCAGUUCGAGAGAUUGGAGAAAGAUUGGUUUUAUCUAUUGAAGUCACUCAGUCAUGUACGAUUAGGUAAGAACAACUUCCAUUGCAAUUGUGAAAUGUCCUGGCUCUACGAGUUUUUCAUAACGCAAGAUUCCAUCUUUUCUGGAGGCGACGCACCGUCCUGUUCAAGCCCACCACAAAAUAACAAAAAACUCUUUAACGAAUUAAAAACCAGUGACUUUACCUGUGAGUUACCUACAUUCAAAAAUGUGGAUGCCGUGUUUGAAAGUGAACUAGGAAAGUUAACAUGUACGGCUACUGGCGACCCAUCUCCGACUUUAUUUUGGGUAAGACCCGACGGAACAACUGAAACGUACUACCCAUUAAAACAAGAAACAGAUAAAGACAAUGAGGGGGUUAUGUACAUUACGAACCCUCAAUCAAUGGAGAAGGCGAAAUAUAAAUGUAUAGCGAAUAAUCCGGCGGGAAAUGUCACAUUUUCACUAAAUCUAGCCUGGCCGGUUGUGAAAGACUCGCAUGUUGAGAGCACGUUGGCACCCCUUACUGCCACGACCACCACUGUAAACAAACAAUACUCGGUUGGGGGAAAGAAAAAUAGUUAUGAGUGGACAGUAAAUAAACCCGAGAAAAAUAUGGGCAUAGUUUCCACCAAUGACAAGGUGAAGCAUUUCUCUAUAGUGGACAUAGUAGGAGCUGUUAUAGGCACAUUCCUAUUGACAUUAUUAAUAUGUGCUUUAGUGUUUCAUUUAUACUAUAGACGACGUGAACGAUUGAGUUACGAGGAAAAAGACUGUUGCGAGAAAAACAAACAUCCAAAAAAUGUAUAUACCAUGUCAGACCAUGACGAAAACUGUAUUAAAAUGAUGAUACACCACCAUAAUUCUGAUCAUAUUCAUAGCUGAGACAUGUCGUAAUGUAAAUAUAUAAUAUAUAUAUUUCAUCACUUAAUAUUUAAUUUAUAUAUCAUUGAUGUUCAAUAGUCACACCAUAUGUACAUGUAAUCCUCGCCCUCCAUGUUACAUCUACGUCUAUAAAUAAAUUAUGAGACUUAUUGACAUGAGGAUCUUGUAUUUGUUGGAACGCGACCCAUCACGUAUUCGGAAAAAAGGGAAUUUAUAUUGAAUAUCUUAAAAGUGGAUUGAUUUGAAGAGAAUUAUUAUUUUUAAAAAAAAAUAUAUUGGAUUUACUAUUGUGCGUAAUUGUGUAUGAAUUUCAUAAAUUCGUUUUUAUUUUAAUUUGAAGUGGAAUAUUAUCAGUGUGGGGUAAAAUACGAAUACGAAACUAUACUGUGUUCUUUUGUUAUCAGUAUUUUCUACAUGACAAACAAAUGAAGCUACAAAAUGGAGGUUAUCCGUACCAUCUCUAUACUAUAGCCUAAUGAUCAUCAGCAAAAACAUGGUGUUAUUGAUUUCACAACUGCAGAUUAUAACAAAGUACUAGAUCACGUGACUUGGUUUGAACUGGUACCUAGAUCGAUGUGUUAUAUAUAUAUAUAUAUAUUUAUACAUGUAUUAUAUGUAGUGCUCGUUUAUUUGUCAAUAAUGACAUAAAAUAUGGCGAACUUACAUAGAUUAAAUGUCGCCGACAUAUUUUAUGAUCAGAAAUAAUGAUCUAUCUAGCACGACAUCUAUGUUGUUAGUUAUACAUCAAAAUUUGAUUGUAUAAAGAGCUGGUGUAUGAUUAAUUAGUGCUAUUCGGACAUCCAACAUAAAUAUAUAUAUAAUAAUAUAUAAUAUAUAUAUAUGAUGUUGUUAAAGGUAAUGAUUGACAUUUUGCCACAAGGCUAAACAAUGGCUAAGUCAUGACGUGUUAAGUAUAAUUGUGUUUGUUUAGUUGCGUAUCUUUUGCUUGGUUAUAAGUGAUGUAUGUUUAUUUAAAGGUGACAUUUAGAAGAUCUAUCAUUAAUUUUACCUGGUGUGCAGUUUAUCUAUUCAUCUUUAACUAACAAGAAUGAUCUGGAUUUUUAUGAUCAAAGUUAGGUCUGAAACGUUAGUAACAUUUUCAGCUUUCGUCGUCUACGAAAGUAAUGGCACACUGUUUUAUUAAUUUCCGGUUUAUUGAUAUCAUAAAAAUCAAAGUUAUUUCAAACAUUAAUGGUCAUUAUUACAAUGUAUGUAUAGAUCAGUUAUGUCAAGUAAAACUAUGAAACACAA